AUGCUGAUCAACAAAACUGGAGGUUUAAACAAUACAGUUAAUAACACAGUCUUGAACCACGACAGUUCUGAACUGUGCCUCCCCUCUUGGAUUCUAAACGCCGUCAACGUCCAGUCUGUAUACAUCAGUGACACUGGUAUCAUGGUCGUUAACAUCCCAUUUGCCAUAUUUGCCGUGAUCGCUAACCUGGCUGUUAUAGUCACAAUAAUCCGUUCUCCUUCACUCCACCGUCCAGUUAACGUGUUGCUGUGUAGCCUGGCUGCCUCUGAUUGUCUAACUGGCCUUGUUCUUCAACCUGUGUACGUGGUAUGGCGCUUUCUUCUGCAUCAAUCUCAAGACCCUUGCAAAUUAGUCUAUCUUUACCAAGCCAGUAAGUUUCUUCCACAAAUGCUUCUCGGGUUUACCUUCGUAAACUUGGCAAUAACAAGCGUCGAGAGAUUGUAUGCUGUUUCAAGCCCUCUUGAGCAUUCAGCCAAAGUAACACUGCGAGGUAUGAAUAAUAGUACUAGACAUCCACCAUUGCAAGUGGCAUUUGCCUGUACCUAAAUUCAGGGCUCAAAGAUCGAAAUUAAUUAAUUAAUUCACUGUCUCUAUCUUCUCGACAGAGACCUUGCUUUGAGCUACGGGUGAAAGAAUUGGAAGUAAAAAUAUAGAUAUCACGCCUCUUUGCUUCUGUCAGUUUUUGCAACUUCUAAUUUCUGUGUUUAGCUUCUGUGGUAUUGCUGUGGAACAGCCUUUCAAGUUCGCGCUCGUAAAGAUUGAAUUCUUCCAGGCCACUUAAUUCAGUUGCGAACGAGCAUUCUACAGCCUCAGUAUUUAUAUAUACGGUAUAUUCAGUCAAUACUUUUUAAAAAUAAAAGAGGACAAAAAUUUCCUUUUAGUACAUAGGCGCGAUUUUUAAGCUUGCAUCGGCAGAGUAAUCAGAAUCACUAAUGUUUAAAACAAAAUCUGUUAAUCAGGCGAAUAAUCUUCCUAUUCUGUUAGGUUUACAAAGUUCAUUUUGAAUCCUUGAUUUAAAAAAAAAACGAAAAAGUAUCCAACUUACCUGAUUAAUUGUGUCAGUCUGCUUUGAUUGUUUAAGUGAUCGUUAGAAACGUGACAUUUCUUGGUCGAUGACCUCAUGAGGACAUCUUCCAAAUUUAGGCACGAUUGAUGAACAUAAUUAAGAAAUAUUCCACAUGAAAUCUUAAGCAAAACCGUCUUAAUUGCUACUUACCUUUUCAUUUUUUUUAGACGUCAGGUAACUAAUUCUCUCUUCCAUUACAUAAUCCCCUUUUCACACAAGAACGUAGAUACAGAACAAGGCUAGUUCGUACAUCCAUUUUAAGCUUAAAGGAAGAUUUGCACCCAAAUCUUACAUUUUUGCUGCCUCGCAGGUCACCUGACGACAGUAUCGAUGUCGAAUAUGUCCCGUAUCGUUACUGGCUACAAAAAUGACUUUUUAAUGCUGCUCCGCCAGUUAAGCUAAUGGUUCAUGCCUUAACUUGCUUGAGUCUUAAAAUAAUACAUAUAUGAUAUUUCAGGGAUGGUGAAGAUUAUCGUCAGUGUAUGGGUGAUCUGGUUCAUCUACAGCCUUAUGGAAUUCAUUGUACCUGCAGGGAUUUAUCAACCGUUGGAAAGUAUGGUGUUGAUUUCAGCGGUGGCAAUACAGAUUGGCGGACACGUUUUGACCUUCUGCGCAAUCCGUUCCAACAACAAAAAGAUCGUUAGUGCCACUCACAACUCUCAACAAACGAUCCUCUUCAGAAGGGAGGAAAAGGCUUUUAAGAACAUGACGUUCUACACAGUGGCGACUCUAUUGACUCUUAUUCCUGUUGUAGUGGUUCUUAAUUUAGAACGCACCAUCAUUUCAGGAAACAUUCUACUUCCUUGGGCUGUAACCUGCAGCCAGCUGAUAUCCAGUUUUAAUCCUGCUAUUCAGAUUCAAAGAAAUGCCGCUUUAAGGGAGGCACUAAAGAUGGCCUUCUGA